AUGAAGUUCCUCUUCGCGACGGCGGCAAUCUUUGCCUUUGGCACAUCUGUAAGCGCCCAGCAAGGUGCAUGGGCCCAGUGCGGCGGCAUCGGGCACACCGGCGGCACCACCUGCAUUUCCGGAUACUAUUGCCGGUACCAGAAUGAUUGGUACUCACAAUGUGUCCCCGGAAGCUCACCCGUUACCAGCUCGCCGGCACCAGCGCCCCCAUCAACCACUCUCCGAACCUCAACAACAACACAAGGAAAUGACCCCGUCACGAGCACAUCUUCAGCACCGGGCAAUGGCGGCACAGCCUGUCCAGCUCUACCCAACGGCCUCGGUCCUUUGAGCACCGCUCUACCUGACCCGUUUACCUUUCAAAACGGAGGCAAGGUUACAUCCAAGGCCGACUGGGUUUGCCGGCAGGCUGAAAUCAACUCCCAGUUUCAGCGCCUGGAACUAGGAACCUUACCUCCCAAGCCACAGUCCGUCACCGCGUCAUACUCCGGUAACAGACUCACCAUCAACGUCUCGGAGGGCGGCAAAUCCAUCUCUUUCGCAGUCACCAUCUCCAAGCCCAGUGGGAACAGCGUGCCAGCCAUCAUCGCCUUCGGAGCCGCGAGCAUUCCCGUACCUUCCAACGUGGGAACCAUCACCUUCAACAAUGACGAGAUUGCUCAGCAACAAGGCGGCGGGUCGCGAGGCAAGGGAAAGUUCUAUGACCUAUACGGCAGUAAUCAUAAUGCGGGAGCUCUAAUGGCAUGGGCCUGGGCCGUCUCGCGCAUCAUCGACGCACUGGAGUCGACGCCAUCCGUCGGUAUCGAUCCCACGCGUCUCGGUGUGACAGGAUGCUCCCGCAACGGCAAAGGGGCUUUCGUCGCCGGGGCUUUCGACUCGCGCAUCGCCCUUACCCUCCCUCAAGAAUCGGGUGCCGGCGGAGCUGGCUGCUGGCGCCUCGCUGACUGGCAGAACCGCAACGGCUUCACCGUUCAGGACGCGAAGCAAAUCGUGACCGAGAACCCGUGGUUCAGCCCUGUUUUCAACCAGUACACCAGCAAUGUCAACCAGUUGCCGUUUGACCAUCACAUGCUGGCUGGCCUCAUUGCACCCAGAGCCGUAUACGUCAUGGAGAACCCCGACUACGAGUGGCUCGGCACUAUAAGCACAUACGGCUGCAUGGGAGCGGCUCGGAAGCAGUGGGAGGCUCUGGGGUCUCUUGAUACAUUUGGGUAUAGCCAGAUCGGUAACCACGCGCACUGCAGUUUUCCCAGCUCGCAGCAGAGCGAACUUACUGCAUUUAUCAACAAGUUCCUCUUGAAGCAAUCGGGAGGAUCGACUAGUGUGUUCAGAACGGACCAGACUUAUAAUAACUUCAACUUGAAUACCUGGGCACCUUGGCCAGUACCGAAUUUGUCAUGA